AUGGGCAAUUUUUUUCCAAGAUGUUAUUAAGAAGAAAAUGAGGAAUAAUCAGAAAAAAAAAAGAAACAACAUGUUCAAAGUAUCGAUUAAUAUGAUUUUGGUCCUUUAUAUCCAGAAAAAGAUGAAGAAAAACUGCAUUAUUAACAAGAGAUUCAAGAUGUCAGAGCAAAUCCUCCAAGACAGAUAUAAUUAUAAUAUGACACCUCAUUUUCAAGUAUAUUUGAGGAAUUAACUCAACUUUGCAGUUUAGGUUUUGAUUUAAAAAAAUAGUAAUUAAAGAACAUGAAUAUGGCAAAAUUAUUUCAACAACCCUUUUUGAGGUUAAGUGCUGAUAAAAUUUAUUAGAUUGCAUAGAAUUAAUUUUAACUUGAAAUUGCCUUGUAAAGAUAUUCCCUUGGCGAAAAAUAUUUAGGAAAUUUAAAUGAGACUGAAUUUCUAAUUGCAGAAGCCAUUCAAAGUAAUAUAACAAAUGAAUUGAUUCCUUUAUUUAAAUCAAAAACACCUAUUAAAUUUGAAAAUAAAAAAUUGGAGAAAUUAUUUGAAGCUGUAAAAAUUAUUUAUUUUGUUUGUGAUUUUUUUCUGGGGGUUUUGUAAAAAUUUCUUAAGGAGAUGUGUUAUCAGAAUAAUAUUAAGAUUUAUAAUCUACUUUAUUAUCAAUUUUAAAAUUUGAUACUAAAUUUGAAUUAUGAAAAUUAAUGGCACUAUAAUUCAUUGCCUUAGUUUAAAGAGUAAUAUAAAUUUUCAUUUUUGGGAUAUGCUAUGAGAUUCUGGCGCUAAAUUGUAUUUGCUCAUUUAGUAGAUGGUAAACCAAAUUAUCUUUGCAGACUAUUAAAAGAUAGUUAUAGGAAUGUAGAAAGGAAUGGAAUGGAAAUCGAGAUUUAUAAAUACAUCGUUGGAGCUAUAGAUUUAUGCUCAAAUGAAUACACAAUUCAUUGGAUCGGUCAUAGCAAAAAGUUUUAGAUUGAAAAAUUUAUAAUAGAUAUCUCGAAUAACGAAUUGAAUACAAUAGAUUUUUAAAAUAAUACUUUUAAUUAGUAUUUAUUGUAAAUUAAUAAAAAAUUAGAUAAAUGUUUGUAAUAUUUUCCAACAUGGAUUUAUGAAAUAUAUUUUAUUAAUUAUUCUUUAGAUUUGAAGCUAAAAAAAUUAAUGUCGUAAAUAAAGGAAACUUAUAAAUUUGGCGAUGAUCCUAAACAAUAAUCUUUAUCAGAAAAGGAGGUUUUAAUAACGUCAUAUUCUGAAAUAACAACUGGUCUUGGUUUAUUUUCCGAAUAAGAAAACAAUGAUGUUGGUUAAUAGAGAAAAAUAAUGAAUAUAUUGAUAUAACUAGAUGCAAAAGUAUCCAUAAAACCCUCUCAUCAAAAACCCUAUGAUUCAGUGGAGAAUAAACCUGACCUCAAAGAUAUUUCCAUAAAAUUUCCUUCAUAAUUGAAAUCAAUUAAUGAAAAAGUUAAAUCCAUCGAUUAGCAAUAUUUUCAAGAACUUAAUGCUCUAGGUAUAUAAUAUUGUAAGAAUUAACGCAAUAUUAGAAAAAGAGAUUCUAUAUUGGAAUAAAGAUUCCGAAACAGAUUAAUUGAUAAAGAGGGAAUAAAUUAUGAAUACAAUUAGAGUUAAGAAGUCAAAAAUACAGAUUUUUCAAAUUUAGUCAAAUCUUUGAUAUAACAUGAAGAUUAUUAUAGAGAAAUAAAAGAAAAGUUUCUUUCACAGGUUGAUUUAUAAGUGAAUAAAUGA